GUGAGAAUACUAAGGGCAACGUAACGGAUGAAAAUCAUCACGAUGAAGAUUCGGAAAUUUGUGAGGUACCAUUUCACGGACAAUUAACGAUGAAUUAUCUCUUGUGUGAUUCGUCGAUCCUGAAUCCGGUAGAACCUAGCGUAGUACAGAGCAGAAACAGCAGUAGCAGUGGCAGCAGCAAACCGUGCCAACAAUUCCGUUGCGAUGGUUGUGGUAGAACGUAUACCCGAGUCGACAGUCUAAAACGUCAUCAACAAAAAUGCGACGACCUAUUAGCGUCACUGCAAGAUCGACAAGAGAAUUUGGAAAGGUUACAACAACAAGAAUAUUCUUGCAAUCAGUGCGGUAAUAUGGAAGACACUAAGGAAUACGACGCACUGUGGAUGCUGGAGAGGAAAGCCCGUAGCAUCGGUGAGGAUCAGGAAUCAUUCUUGGGACCUAUGAAAUCGAUCUCGUCGAAGAUGCCUGAACAAGCUGGUCCAAGUUAUCCGAUAGCACAACUUUAUGGUGGGGACUCCUACAUCGCUGUACUCCAAGCUCAAUACGUUUGCACCGAUUGCGGAAAGAAGUAUAAGUGGCAGGAUAGCUUGAAGAGACAUCAGAGGGUAGAUUGUGGGAAUAAAGAGAAGAAAUUUUCUUGUAACGUGUGCGAUAGGAAAUUCAAAUAUCGUUACGAGCUUAAAAAUCACAUUACCGCUCAUCAUAAAGUCUGAACUCUUUCUCUUUCUCUUUCUUUUUCUCUCUCUCUCUCUCUCUCUCUUUCUCUCUCUCUCUUUCUGUUUCUCUAUCUAUCUAUCUCUCUAUCUCUCUAUCUUUUUCUCUAUCUUUCUUUCUAUCUUUCUCUCUAUCUCUCGAUCUCUCUAUCUUGUGAGAUAACUCUUGUGAUCUUGGACCUUGUGAAUAUUACCCAUUUUUCUUUUUCGAAACUUAGUGUUUCAUUGUUCGUUUUAAUUUCACUACUCGUUAGUCCUGUUUUGUUAGGUUCGAGAACUUUGGAUAGAGAGACAAAGGUGCUUAUAGAUAAUAACUUGUUGAGAUACGACAUGAUGAUAUUAGUAUAAUACAAUUAAGGCCACAUGCGCACAAUCACCAACGAUCAAACGAGUUGAUCUCGAGUUAACACGACCGUCGCGAUUACUUGCAAGGGUGCAUACGCUCAGAUAUAUAUAUAUAUAUGUAUAUACAUAUAUUGAGUGAUCUAAUGAUCGUCGAGGAUUGAUCGAUGUAGCGCACAUGUAGCCGAAGGGCUGUAUGAUCGAGAUAAAUUUUUAUAAGACGAUUCCCUUUGUCGCGUCUAUUAUUUUAUUAUUAUCGGCUUAUAAAUAUGUUUCAUCGGUGCACAUUUAAUUUAUGAGUUAAAUUGGACUUGAAAUAAAAAAUAAAAGAAAAAGAAUAAAAAAAAA